UAUACUUACUUACAUGCAUCCCACUCCGCUGCCAUCUAAUCCACAUCUUCCAACUCUCUCUGGUCAAACUCGAGCUGACGAUAAUUAUUAACGUCCGUCUUCCCCCAGACUUUCCACCCUUCCCUUCUCCUCUUACUUCAUUGCUCCACCAGAAGCACAUCUCGACCAUCGACGUGACACCUCUCUGCACAUCCAGAGCCAGCAUUCUCCGGAUUCCCUCCCGUAAACGCCAUCAUAUUAAAGCAUUCCUGUCUUCGCCCUUCCGCACCUCGACGUCUGCAUCAGCACUUCCAGCGACAUCAUUUCCCCGACGUACAUAGCGCCCAUCACUUCAUUGUCGACAUCAUCGACCGCCACCCGCAAAACCACGACGCGCGACCACAAAUCUGAUCUCGACAACAUCCAUCUCGCUUCGCUCCAGGUGCCGAAUCUGCCCUACUCUACUCAAUCCCAAUACACCCUCAACGCUGGGUGUCUGUUCAAUCUCAACCACCACCCUAUAUCCGGAACCGACGACCGCCAGCUGCUCAAUUCGAGCAGACCAUCUCGGCGCCAUGCCUUACCCUCUCGAUACGCACGUCCUGACAGUGGACACCAAUGUCAUCAACAAGGUCGACACCUCAAAUCCUCAGAACCUCUACAGCAUGUGGACUGUCUUUGCCAAAUGCGCAGAGUCUGUUGAGCAGGGACGCAGGUUAGAAAACCUCAGCUGGCGAUUGUGGAACCGUGAAACAUUCUGCUGCACCGAGGAGGAACAAGCCUCCAUCACCGCCACCAGCUUGCCCAGAGAGAUCCCCCAAGCCAGCAGAAUACAAGAUAUCCCUCAACUCUCCGGCAGUGUCGAGUCAGAAAAUGAUGACGAGGCAGUCGACUUCACUUCAUUGUCCGCACCCCUCGAGAUCCGCCCUAGAAUUCAAAGACAGGACUCUUGCGCGAGCAACCGCAGCCGUGGCAAGGAACGCCACAUCACUUCCGGCGACUUCGAGAAGAUGGUCGUCUCCAUCAUCAAGGAGAACGAGCCCUUGUCUGCACCUCUUCCGCAAAUGGCCUCCCCUUACAUGCCUCCUAUGAAGGAGACCCCCGACCUGGCCCCUGCCUCCCCCGUCUACGAGCACUCUGGAUCUACUACAACCGAGUCGCCUUGCAAGUCAUCGGAAGAAGAGCACGCCCAAGAGCCGACCUCACCCGAAAUCACCUCUCGCACUACCGUCGUCCGUGGCUUCUCUCCAUCCCAGAUCCCCAGAGCCAUCCCUGCCUCUCCCAAGGUCAUCUCUCCCGCCGCCAUUCCCGAGCCGAGGUCAUCACCUGCAGCCAAGCCCAUCCUGUCCAAGAAGCAGCCCAUGUUCUCCAUUGGCGAGUCUUGCUCCUCGAGUGAACAAGGCCACAGCAUCGAGAACCUCAGACCCAUUCCCGCUCCUGUCCAGAAGCGCAAGAUGUUCCAGGUCGGCGGCUCCUCCGAGGAGGACAGCUCCCUCAAGAGUGCCCUUGCCUCCCAACCCGGCUCCCUGCUCACCGGUCAGAAGAAGACGACCUCCUUUGCCGACCACGUCUCCACCCGAAUGAUCAACGACGACAACUCUGCUAUUGCCGACGACUCAGAGACUGACUACGUCGACGAGAGCGCCAUUGAUGACGACGACGACUCUUCCGACUGGGAAGACUCCAUCGAGGACAGCAACAAGUCUAGCAUUGAUGAGAAGACCUUCUUCCAGCGCGUCGACUCCAAGGUCAACUUGACCUCGCGCCGUUCAUUGAUUACGCUCAUGAUGACUGAGCAGAACGACCGCUCCAGCAAGCUUGGCAACAUUGCUUCCCAAUCUACUUCGGCACUCCCAUGGUCGCGCACUAGCCACCCGGCUCCUCCUACCUUGGCCGUCUCUCCGAAUGACUCUGACGAUGCCCCUCUCAUGAUGAAGCGCGGCAAUCGCUCUUCUCCCCUGAAGCCCAUCAACGAGGUGCCUCGCUCGGCUGCCCAGCCUAUCCAUGCUACAGCCAGCCACAGCCAUCUCCAAGCUGCUCUUUCUCCUCGCACUACCCGUCGCAACAUGCUUGCGACUGAGUUGACCGAGUCUCUUCGCCGCAACCUUCUCUGGGAGCGCCAGCAAAAGUCGUCUACUGCCAACGCUGUCCUCAAGAGACGGCAUACCUCCCACGACGUCGCCAACCUGAAGCAGUACCCCGAGAAGGUUUGCCUCAAGAACGGAGAUGCCCCGGUCAACCCCCAGUACUUCUCCAAGGACACUGACAACUUUGGAGGCUACCACUCCAAGGGAUGGUAAAUCGCUAUUACAUUACUGCGCCACACACAACACAAAACACACACAAUAAUCACAAUAUCCGACGAGCGUGUGGCCUUUGAGCCCGCUCGAGCACAGCUAUUUCUGAUUGCUUUUACACUGCAUUGCGCGCGGCGGCAUCGCAUCGGCUCUGCCAUUCAUUAUAGUACCAUAAUCAUGGGCGCGCAUAUUUGGGACUAGAUAGUCCCAUGAUACGACACGGGUGCAUUCAUUGGGCCUCGGGGUGGGCCUUUUGGACCUGAUUCUAAUUUUCACACAUUUGCACGGCGUCUCUUCAUCACACGAUACCAUGGUCUGUUUUGUUUUCGCAACAUACCACCUUCAUGUUUUAUCAAUGGGUCUGGGUCUCUGCAUUUACAUGGUUGAUUGAAAGUUUUGUAGUGAAGGAGAGGUGGAUUGUACUCUAUGGACAGGACCAACAGGAGGGGAAAACACAUCUACAGAAGGCAUUGCCCGAAGGCGACUUCAACAGCAGGACCUGACACUGACUGGGGCAUGCUGAUGACAAGACAAAGGAAGGAGAAGAAAAACCGGGUGGUGGAACACCAAAAGUGGAGAUGUUCCACGAGAACGGCCGAAAGGGCAGAAGAGGUUGAAAAAAGCUGGUUUGAAAAACAAAAAGCGCACGAGAAGGUCGGCGCAGAUGGACCACAAAAGCAAGAUCAUUGCGACGAAGCCAAAAAAAAUCCCAAAAUCGUCAAAAGAGUUUAGCAAAAACAUGAAUAAAAGUUGGCCAUUCAAUCAAACAUUCGUCUCAUCAUCAUUACUGUGACACUGCAAUUCAUUCACUCACUCUUUUUUAAUUCAAUGUGCCUUGUGACACCUACCACAGGCGUCGCCUUGCAUUUGUAUGGACUUGCGCAACCGGGCAGAUGACUACAUGCUGCUACUGCUGACUGAUGGCAGACGCGCAGACGAAAGGCCCAUGCGCUCACCGCUGGCCGAUACGCUAGAGCUGCGCUCCAUCACGAGCGCCCCCGGGGACCGGAAGCAGAGCCUGUUUAUCGGUGUUGUGCAUUAUCAGUCUAUCUAUGGAGUACGGAGUACUAAGGAGAUGGGAAGACAAGACAGACGAGACAGACCGCAUGGGCUCGGCCAUUGCUGACAUGGGGGGGAUUCCAAGGCGACGGCGGGUUACGCUAGGGGCUGCGCCAGGGG